CUCCGCCGCCCCUCCUCCCCCAUCUAGAUCUAGAUCCCCCCACCCCUCCUGUUCACUCCCGCAGCCGACGCCCCUCACUCGCCGUCGACGACCCACGCCGCCGCCGCACACUACCGCGCCCUCCCCUCACCCUGGCCCAAUUCAAUCCAACCCCGCGCGCACACCGAUGCCGCCGCCGUCGACCCCUUCCUCCCUCCCCUGCCUCGCACCCAUGGCGUUUGCGCUCAAGGCCUCCGCCUCCCCCGCCCUCACCGCUACCUCCUCAGCGACGUUCCCCUCCUUCUCAGCUGCCUCCGCGGUGCCCAGGGGCCGCGCCGCCGCGGCCAGGAGAGUCUCGCUCCGCGGGGCCGCACCCGCGACCUGCUACCCCGCGCCCGCGCCAACUCCAGCAGUUGGCUCGCUCGCUUGCUGCUGCAGGUGAGUGCUGGUGGAGCUCGUAUCGGGGAUGAGGAAGGCUGUAGAUCCGGCGGGCGAGGAGGCGAGCCGUGGGUUGCAAGAAGGCGGUGGUGGUGUGCGCGCUCAUCGGCUUCCUCGGCGUCCUCUCCGCCGUGCUUGGCUUCGCCGCCGAGGGCACCCGCGUCAAGACAAUGUUGAUAUGGGAACUGUGUGUGGUAAUACUUCCAAGUCUGCUGCCUGAGUAUCAUCGACCCUGGCGAUUCCGACAUCAUCAACGCAACACCAGCUGUACAAAAUAACUAAAAAUUCCCAGGUGUACCCUGUUCAAACUAUGCUGCAUAUCAGCACAUGCUAAUGGUUAAUGUGCAUGCUCAACCAGAAAUCAGAAUUGCCUCUGGAUUUCUGAUGGCGGUGGUGCACAUCCCGCGCCAGUUCAAGGUGUCGGACUGGUUCCUGAACAGGAAGGACUACAAGGACGGGAGGUUCUCCCAGGUCUUCUCCAACGCCGUCGACAUGAAGCUCAGGGAUGACCUUGAGAGGCUCAAGAAGAUCAGGGAGCUGGAGCUGGGCCAAGGGAGCAAGCAGCGCUGCUGGUUACUUGGGGCCAGAUCGAGUAAGAUGGCGCACCAUGGCGUGUGGCGGCCUAUUUUGCUUCCAAGAGCAGUACUGUUUAUUUGAAUGAGAUGUACUCGUCUACUGCCUAGUAAAAAAUGAAUGAUUGUCAUGUACUGUCUAUGAUGUAGUGAGCUAUAGGAGUGAAAUGAAAUUUUAUCUGCUGUUGUAUGUGUUAUUUUCCUGUAAUGUGUUGUGUACAUUUUACUUGAACAUUAAAUUCUCCAGAAAAUGUUCUUACUGGACC